AUGAUUACAUCUAGUAUUAGUCCAGCGUUGAAAGUUGGCCUCCGAUUUCUUGGCAUGUGGCCAGGUGAUUCAUACUCUACCAUUCAUUGGCUGAGCUUUAUGUUGAGCAUGUUGAUUUUACAGUACUUCCAAUAUUUGUACAUAUUUGGUCACUUAAAGAUGAGCGAGUUGUCAAAUCUGGUUGACGGUCUGAUUGUGGCUUUAGAUUACAGUUUGACGUUAUUUAAAUUGACCAGUCUGUGGGCAUAUCGUCGAAUUUUUCAUCAACUCCUGGUUGCUAUGGAUAAUGACUGGCACGAGUGCAUCAAUAAUGAUCAGCAUUUGUAUUUGAUGAUCAUUAAAGCUAACAUAUCGCAUCUUGUUUGCAAUGCUAUAUUGAGCAUUAUUGCAGUUGGUUCAGUAGUUUAUCUCUUAGGCGAUUAUGUGCUUCAUGUAAGUGGACAAAUUGAUAUAAUGUGUUAUGAGUUUGGAAGAAUUUCUAAUAAGAGUGUGUUUCAUCAUAAAUCUAUCGUAUCUUUAUUUGGAACGCUGAUCGAGAGACACAAUAGAAUUAUUUCAUUUUCCGAGAAGAUCGAAGAACUUUUCUCCUUUAUUGCGUUAAUGCAAGUCGUUUGGAAUACGUUAGUUAUUGGCAGCCUAGGAUUUUUCAUGAUAAUUUCAAUUCAUAACGAAACUGUUAUCUUCGUGUUGAUAAAAACUAUUGUUGGUUACCUUGGCAUAAUGGCUGAAGCUUUUAUUAUUUGCUUUGCCGGAGAAUAUCUUAGUCUCAAAGUACUUCAUAUAAGUGGACAAAUUGAUAUAUUAUGUCAAGAAUUUAAAACUAUCUCUGCAAAAGCUCUUCCUGAUAAAACUUCCACAUCUACAUUAGGGAUAUUGAUUGAGAGACACAACAGAGUUUUUUGGUUUUCUGACAAUAUCGAAAAUCUUUUCUCCUUUAUUGCCUUAAUGCAAGUUAUAUGGAAUACCCUAGUUAUUUGCAGCCUGGGAUUUAUUAUUAUAAUUAGUGAAUUAAUCGCUGAUGCAGCAUAUGAAUCAUUUUGGUAUGAUUUAUCGUUGAAUCAAAAGAGAAUUUUAAUGUUUAUAAUAAUGAGAUCUCAAAAACAACUCAUGAUCACGGCAGGAAGAAUCACAAGUUUAUCUUUAAGCACAUUUACGAGUUAUUACCAAUAUCGAUAUGUAUUUGAACACUUCAAUAUCAGUGAGCUUUCAAACCUCGUUGAUAGCUUAACAGCGGCUUUAGCUUUCAGUUUAAUAAUUUUGAAAGUAACCAGUAUUUGGAUGCAUCGUGGAGUUCUUCAUCAACUCCUUGCUGCUAUGGAUAAUGAUUGGCGCAAGUGCGUCGAAAUUGAUCAGCAUUUGAAUGUGAUGACAAUCAAAGCUAAUAUAUCGCAUUUUUAUUCUAGUGUUAUGGUCAGUAUCAAUAUACUAGCUGCGAUAAGUUACUCUUUGGGCGGUUAUGCGAUUAGUUUUGUGUAUCUACCCGGAGAUCAUAAUAAUACUUUGCGACAGUUUCCUAUCAAGGUACAAUUUCCCUUGACAACUCAACAAUCGCCUAUUUUUGAGCUGCUGGCUGUAACUCAAUUUCUACUUAUAUUAUUCAACUCGUACAUGCUCUCUAUUAUAACUGCAUUAAUUUCUACUCUGAUUAAAAUUAAAAUUUGGUUUGUAAUACUGAAAUCUCAAAAACAACUUAUAAUUACAGCAGGAAAAAUUACAAAUUUAUCUUUGGAAACUUUUACGAUUACGAGUACUGUCAGUCCGGUGCUGAAGAUCGGUCUUCAGAUGUUUGGUGUGUGGCCGGAGGUGUCGCAAUCCAUUCCAUAUUGGCUACUUUAUAUAUUUAGCAUACUGAUAGUACAGUACUUCCAAUAUCGAUACGUGUACGAGCACUUCAAGAUCAGUGAGCUUUCGAAUCUCGUCGAUAGUUUACCCGCGGCUUUAGAUUACAGCUUAACAAUUUUGAAAGUAACCAGUCUUUGGAUACAUCGUCGAGUCAUUCAUCAGCUCCUAACCGCUAUGGAUAAAGAUUGGCAAGAGUGCGUCAAUAUUGAUCAACAUUUAUAUGUAAUGACAGUCAAAGCCAGAGGUUACAGUAACGAUACCUUGCGGCAGUUACCCAUCAAGGUACAAUUUCCCUUUGAAACACAACAAUCACCAAUUUUUGAGCUGUUGGUUAUAAUUCUAUUUCUACAUGUGAUGUUAAAUUCGUGCACGAUCUCUAUUCUGAACGCAUUAAUUUCUACUCUAAGUAAAUCAAUCGCCAACGCAGCAUACGAAUCACUGUGGUACGAUUUAUUGGCAAAUCAAAAAAAGACUAUUACAUUUAUAAUAAUGAGAGCUCAAAAACAAGUUAUGAUCACGGCAGGGAGAAUUACGAAUUUAUCUUUGGAAACUUUUACGAGUGUAAGUUCAUAUAUUCUUUUGAUAGCUUAG